AUGAAUACCAAACGAGGUUGGACGUUAUUAAGUGUACCUACACGCCUUAGGGCAGCAAGGGCACAGGGUAUGGAAAAGAAGGGAAUGAAGGAACACACCCGCGAAGUCACGGAGCUCGACAAGAGACACAAACAAGGAGCCGCCAGUACCAGAGCAGUGAGGAUAGGAAAUCACCUUAAAAAAAGAGAACGUAAACAGGAGACUCGCUACGACCAUAAGAUUAUGCAGCUGGCAGAGGCUUCCCCCAGGACGGCACCAAGUCAGUAA